AUGGCCAUGGGGCUCAGGGCUUCUCCUCCAGUUGUGCUUCUUCUCCUGUCUGUGCUGGGUCUGGCUGCUGCUGGGAAACUCCUGGUGGUGCCAGUGGAUGGGAGCCACUGGCUCAGCAUGCGGGAGGUGCUGGACAUACUCCAACAGAAGGGACAUGAGGUGGUGGUGGUGGCACCUGAAGUCUCUAUGCACAUCAAACCAUCAAAGAACUUUGUGAUGAAAAGGCACUCAGGCCCCAUCACACAGGAAGAGAUGGAGGAACAUUUCAAGGCGUUUCUACACACUUCAUUAGAAGAAGGAUCUUUUCUGGAAAGAUUUCUUAAAUUGUACCAACAUAUGAAAAGAGUCAGUAAUUUGGCAGUCAGCAGUUGUGAACAUCUCCUGCAAAACAAAGAGCUCAUGUGGUACCUUGAGGAGAGCAAGUUUGAUGCCAUCUUUACAGAUCCUGUAAUACCUUGUGGGGUGAUCCUGGCUGAGCAUCUUUCACUUCCUUCUGUCUAUUUCUUACGAGGAAUCCCGUGUGGCUUAGAUUUUGAGGCCACUCAGUGUCCCAAUCCUCCUUCCUAUGUGCCCAGGUCCUUUUCAGAACUGACAGACCGCAUGACCUUUUUCCAGCGGGUGAAGAAUCUGCUCUUUGACACCCAAAACCUUUUCCUCUGUAAUUUUGCCUUUGACCCAUUCACAAAACUGGCUUCCGAGUUCCUGCAGCGGGAGGCGACUGUGCUGGAUCUCUUACGGAAGGGCUCUGUUUGGCUCCUGAGGUUGGAAUUUGUGCUUGACUAUCCAAGACCCUUGAUGCCCAACAUCAUUCCAAUAGGAGGAGUAAACUGUGCUCACAAGGAGCUGCCUCAGGUGGGUCCCACUUUGUUUUUAAUUUGUGCUGUGAUGGAUUUUGGUGUUCAGGAGGCUUGA